AUGUUGUCUCUCACCGGCUUCCCGUCUGCUACCAACCCGAUCCUUUUCAAUGGCGAUUUCGUCGAUCGGGGUUCUUGGGGUAUGGAGGUGGUGUUGAUGAUCUAUGCCUUCAAGGUAAUGUGCCCUGGCAGCGUUCACCUGACGCGCGGAAACCACGAGAUCAUCGCAGAGAACCUUCUGUACGGCUUCUGCGGCGAGACUUUCAAGAAGUACGAUGGCGGUCUCUUCGACCUCUUCUCUGAGUCGUUCCGCAGCCUGAGCCUCUGCCACACGAUCAACAAGGAGGUCUUCGUCAUGCACGCCGGCCUCCCGGGGCCCAACCCGAGGCAGUGGCUCCCGGGCCAGAGCCACGACCCCGAGGACGCCAUCCCCGUGAACGCGAAGUGCAUGACGCUGGCGGACAUUGCGGCUAUCAGCCGCGAGACAGAGCUCCAGGACUCGAGCUACAAGAACGCCGUGGGCGACGCCGCGGACAAGUGGGCCGAAGAGGAGCGCACGAUCAUCGACCUAGUCUGGGGCGACCCGCGGGGCGGCCCCGGCUAUGGGCCAUCCUACCGCAAGUCCAAGGGCGUGUUCAUGUUCGGCCCCGACGUCACGGAGCAGUUCUGCAAAGUCAACGGCCUGAAGGCCGUGAUCCGCUCCCACGAGGUUAAGCAGCUCGGCUGGAAGCAGGACCACCCGCAGUUGUACACCGUCUUCAGUUGCCCUGACUACAUGGACGCUGGCGGCAACCAGGGAGCCUUCUUGACGCUGACAAACGAAGGCGGGAGCCUCUCGAUAAAGCCAACCAGUUUCAACAAGACCCCCCAUCCUGACCUGAAGCCGAUGGUGUGGCAGGAGUACAUGAUGCAGGUCAACCCACACUUGACCAAAAGAAUGAAGAAGAAGACUGGCCUCAUCUACGACUCGAAUGGCAUGAUUGUCGGUGAGAUCAAGGACACGGACCAGGGCGACAGCGACACGGGGCAGUCUAUGGUGGACGAGUGGGUGGAGGACGACGAGUACGCCUCCGCCUGA